AUGUGUUCGCGUUGCCGAUCGAGAGUUGUGCUGAUGCGUGAAGGCGCACUUCGUCGCAUAAGUUACUUCUGUCCGAGCUGUCAAGUGGACGGCAGUUUGCCUACCACCAGCGUGCUCCGUCCACCAGGUGCCAAGAAUCGCCCUAGGACAGCCAAAGUUGCUGUGCGAGAGCUUGUAAGACCGCGAUGUGACUGCCGACAGGCUUGCGACUUGAAGCAAACCUUCAAGACGGGGCCAAAUCGCGAGCGCCAUUUCUUCGCCUGCUCGAAGCGACGAUGCCGAACUUUCCAGUGGCUUGACGAACAACUUCCAAGCUGUGCUCACGGUCGGACCAAGAUGCGCCAAGUCCUGAAGUUGGGUGUCAACAACGGACGGUAUUUUGCAUCUUGUCGCUUGAGAAACGGCUGCGGGUUCUUCCAAUGGCUCGAGUGGCAGGAGGUCCCUGACAGUCAGCAGCCCCGUGAAGGGGUUCAACAGCGGCUCGCUUUUGCAAGCAAUGUCGGCCAGAACAUGCAGACAGCUCAACCCAACAGAGAGUUGAAUGGAGCAUUGCCUGCAUCUGCCAGCAGGCCUUGUGGACCUUCUGAGGCUUUCAGCUCGCGCCGAGCGACAAAGCGCCAGAUCUCCUCCCCGCCGGGAAGCCUCGACAAGCUAAAACGGAGCCCAGCUGUGGUGAAGACGCAUGCCGCAGCAGCCGACAGUGGCUUCAAUGCUGACCUCCGCCCAAUGCGAAAGAAGUCAUACAUCUGUCGAGACGAGUUUGAGCAGUUUCAGCAGGAGAUGAUCGCCCAGGCCGGCACACCCAUUGCACGUUCUCUUCCCGGUGAGAUGGAGGACCAGCCAGAAGAACAGCCGAGCUCUCCCAGCAGGCCGGCCAGGAAUCGAUCCAUAUUCUCCGGUCCUGUUGAGCUUGACGGAGACAAGAGGCAUGGAGUCUUGUAUGCCGAUCGCCUUGCCUUCUUUGAAAACUCCGAGGACAUUGUCUAUGCCGAUCCAGCGAAAUCGGUGCAGCUGCGGGAGAUGCAAGCUGUGAAGGCUAGUCAGGGACUUUUUGAGAUUCAAGCCCUGAGCGGGCUUCUAAAAAUGCGCUGUCGACAGGCUUUCGAUCUGUGGCAGUCGAGCCUUUCCGAAGCCUUGGAGGCGACAUUUACGAAGCACGUCAAAGGCAAGACCGUAGAAUGGUCGAACAUAAGAGAGCCCACCGAUUCGCCAGUGCGGCUACCCAAGCCAGGUGCGAGUGCAAGGCCAAUGCAUCAGGGGCCUCUGAAGAUUGUACAGGAGGAUGGAUCAGAGCAGAUGCGGUACUUCUUAGUCUACAAUGAUCGCUUUGAGCACUUCACGGACGCGGCCAAAGCUCUGAGAGGAUCUAUCUCCUCACGAGGAGUGGUGCAUGCAAUGGAUGUCACCUCAGUGCGGGUCAUCGAGAACGCGUUCGUCUUUCAGCUUCGGCAGGAAAGUCUACAUGUGCAGGUGCCGAUUGGCGAGGACAUGGAACUUUGGGUGUCUGCCUUUCAGCUUCUCUUCCACCCUCAGAAUGACGCCGGUCACAACCCCUCCAAUCUGGACGAGCUUCACGUGCUGCACAAGCGCAGCCCCUUCAUGAAGGACGGGGAGAGGCGAAAGAUGGAAUCCAACGAGCUAGCGGCCGAGGUUCAGGAUGAGCGCUUCCAACACUGGCUGCAAACCCUUCCAGAGAAGGUCAUUCACUGGGGGCUUCUCGGUUUCCAACACCAGCAACGUCUGGUGAUUCGUCUUAGCAUUCUCUUCAAGGACAGAUUGGACAGUUGGACGAGUGCUUCCAACGCAAGCUUCGGGACCAAGGAGGACAGCCGCAUCCUAAUGUCCAGUAUUCGGGGCUUGGAAACGAUCAGUGGAGGUCUCAUUCUUAACCUUGGUGGCAAAAAAGUCGGCGUCCAUGUUGGCGAUAACGACAGUUUGCAUCAAUGGUCCCGUGCACUUCUGAGUGUCCUGGCACCUAACAAGGCAGAGAGGUCGGUGAGUCCGCGUACACCGACUGAUCGACCAAGGUCUCAAACACCCACGCCCCGCUCGACGCCUCGCAAGGGUCGCGAUUGGGUUCCAGAGGUCGCAUUCAAAAGCACGAAGUCUACGCAAGCUGGAGGGAAGCAAGGCGGAAGCCGAGCUGGUGCGCAGAGAUUCACUGUGAUGCACCGUGGGGUGUCAGUGGAUUCGAUUAGCCACUUGAUGAAGGUUCAACAGCCUGAGAAACGGUUCUAUGUCCAUACGCACAAGGGUGGGACUGAAGCUGUAGAAACUUUGCAUGGGAAGUCUGGCAAGUUCCUUGCAUCAUCUCAUCACGUGGGUAGCUCGCAUGUUCGGGCGGAGAUUGCUGCAAAGCCGUACUCGCGAAGCGAGUCCAACUCUGCCAUCUCCACCCGAAGUACUUCGAGGGAAGAAGGGCUGGCAUGGAAGGUCACCGGAGACGAUAGGCAAAUCAGCCCGAGAAGACGAGCAGACCACAGCUUCGGCUUCUGGAAGAUCAACACAGAAGAAGCAGCUGUUGUAACAGCCAACAGUCGCGCGCAGACACCUCCACCAUCUGCACGACAAGGAUCCAGAUCCAGAUCACGCACUCCACCAGAUGAAACCACCUUGACGGCGAAGAUUGGGUCAGACGACUACCAGUCUCUUCGCAGCCGGGACAUGCUGUUCAAUGAUCACCGCGUAUGUGGCAAGGUUGGUGGUGCAGACCGGCGGCCUUUGCAGACUCCACGCUCCAAGAGUCAGAGCCCGUUGGUUGGGAAGGUGACAGAUGCCGGUCGCGAGCAGAAUGGCUGGCACAACCGCCGGAUCUCGCUGGCAGACAAGGUGAAAUCGUUGGCAGAGUUAUCAAGAGCAGGCGGCGGCAUCCAUGCCACACGCUGA